AUGACAUCUCUGGCCAGGCCUGGACAGCGGAGGUGUGAGACAGGCCAGGUCAAUGGAAACGAGUUUCUUUAUUAUAACUGUGGGAGCAAGGAGGUCAAACCCAGUGAUCCUUGCGGGAUGAAGUUGAAGGACACAGGAUUUUGGGACACACAGAUGGAACCUCUGAAAUACCUGGGGGAAGAGCUCAGAAAGAAACUGCUGGACAUCACAACAGGAUUUAUCACGAAGAGCGCAGAUUCCCUCACCCUACAGGGUAGACUUAUGUGUGAGCGUGGGGCCGAUGGACACACCAGAGGAUCCUGGUGGUUUGCCUUCAAUGGACAGUUAAUCUACCUCUUUGAUGUGGAAAACAGAAAGUGGACAGUGGUUCCUCCUGGAGGCCAAGAGUUCAAAGGCACGUUGGACAAUGACAGAGAGCUGACCAAGCUCCUUGUGUGGAUGUCAAACGGAGAUUGUAAGUGCUGGCUCCAGCAUGUAUGGGAGCACUGCGAUGAAACCCAUGAAACCACAGUGCCACCAACCACGCGACAAGACACAGCCCCAGGCAAGGCCACGGCCAUCGGACCCUGCACCUGGAUCUUUCCCCUGCUGCUCAGCUGUGCUAUCAUAAUGGGCAUCCUUGUCGGAGACCAUUAG